AAAGAAGAAAAUAUAUUCUUGUCGUGAUCGCGUUGUUCUGAAACAGGAACACAAUAAUAAACAUGUUUUGAUUCGUCGCAGUCUCUCUCACGAAGACUUUCUCUCCUCCAUUGCAGCUUCAAAUCUCUCUCUCUCUCUCUCUCUCUCCCUCUCUCUCUUUGGCGUUGGCGCUGGGGAGAGGCCGACAUGGCUCUCCAUCGGCGGCGCUACCACUACUACCACCGUCUCCGACGUGUCGUCCCUCUCGUCUCCGCCGUCUCCGGUGCUCUUCUCCUCCUCUUCGCUCUUCUCUCAUUCCUUGCUCCUCCUCCCGGCGAUUCCGAUCGCAUUUAUCGCCGUCGCCACACCUCUAUGAAUGUUGGAGCGUACGACGCGAACAGCGCACCGAGUUUCCGGGUUCCGAAAGGUGGAAGGAGAUCGGAUCGUGACGUAUGGCGUUCGCAGAAUGCUGAAUUCUUCCAUGGAUGCAGCAAUGCGAGCAGCAAGUUCCCAAAUGCCAAAUCUGUUACGAGGAAUGAUCGGUACUUGGCGAUAGCCACGAGUGGUGGUUUGAAUCAACAGCGGACCGGAAUUGUGGAUGCUGUUGCUGCUGCCCGAAUUCUAAACGCUACUCUCGUUAUCCCGAAAUUGGACCAGAAGUCUUACUGGAAAGAUGCCAGUGACUUCUCGGAUAUUUUUGAUGUUGAUUGGUUUAUAUCGUUUCUGUCAAAAGAUGUUAAAAUUAUAAAGCAGCUUCCAGAGAAAGGGGGGCGAACGUGGAGUCCAAGCAGAAUGCGUGUACCACGGAAAUGUAAUGCGAAAUGUUAUAUCAGUCGGGUAUUGCCCGUUCUUCAAAAAAGGCAUGCAGUUCAACUGAACAAAUUUGACUACAGACUUUCGAACAAAUUGAGCGACGAACUGCAGAAGCUAAGGUGUAGAGUGAAUUAUCAUGCUUUAACGUUCACCGAUCCUAUUCGUAGAAUGGGCAACGAAUUGGUCCGACGCAUGAGGUUGAGAAGCAAACACUACAUUGCUUUGCACCUUAGGUUUGAACCUGACAUGCUUGCGUUCUCAGGAUGCUACUAUGGCGGUGGUGAGAAAGAAAAAAGAGAACUGGGAGCAAUAAGACGACGGUGGAAAACGUUACAUGUAAACAACCCAGAUAAACAGAGGAGGCAGGGGAGAUGUCCACUCACUCCAGAAGAAGUCGGCUUGAUGCUUAGAGCUUUGGGAUAUGGUAGUGAUGUUCAUAUAUACGUCGCCUCGGGUGAAGUAUAUGGAGGAGAAGAAUCAUUAGCACCCCUAAAAGCUCUUUUCCCGCACUUCUACUCGAAAGAGACUAUAGCUACUAAGGAGGAGCUUGAACCCUUUUCGUCGUAUUCUUCCCGGAUGGCUGCACUUGAUUUCCUCGUUUGUGAUGAAAGCGAUGUAUUUGUCACCAACAACAAUGGCAACAUGGCGAGAAUAUUAGCAGGGCGGAGGAGAUAUUUUGGACACAAACCCACAAUUCGACCAAAUGCCAAAAAGCUUUACAGGGUGUUCCUCAGCAAAGAGAACAUGACUUGGGAGGAAUUCUCCUCCGUUGUUCGAACUCAUCAGAGAGGAUUCAUGGGGGAGCCUAAGGAAGUAAGACCCGGAAGAGGCGAAUUUCACGAGAACCCGAGUACGUGCAUAUGCGAAGACGCAAAGGGCGAGGCGAAGGCGCAGUUAGAAAGUAGAAAACAUGGGAAAGGAAACAACGAUGCAAUACGUAAAAACGCUACCAUAACCAACGAGGACCAGAACGACGAGGAUGAACCGGAAUGGACAGAGCCUGACUACGAGGAAGAACAGACCGACCUCCAGGACAGAGGGCUAUACAACGGGACGAGAUUAGACUACGACGAUCCAUCCAACUCAUCAGACGAGCCCGAGUUGGAAGAAAUGCUCUCAGAUUGAUUUGAAUCACACAUUAUGCCCUUUUUCCGAGCUGCCUGACUAUGAUCUGCCCGUCUCGGACCGUUGGCUAUAAAGCCAUGUUCUGAUCCAUAUUGCAUCAAAAGUUUCAUGUACAUAAGACCCGUCUCCGAGAUAGAGAAAAGAAGUGUCCGAGAAUCCGAGGGCAGGAUUGAUCUUCUACAAACAUUUUUUUUUCUUCAGUCGUUUUACGUUGAUAAUCAGGAUUAUAGCUUGGUGGGAGACUGUAUAAGGUUAAGAGAAAGGUGAGAGGGGGAUUUCAUAACAUAAGAGGGGUUAGAAGCAAGAAGAGAGAUGUGAAACUUUUAACAAAAAAAAAAAAAAAAA